AUGUCUUUUGACGCGCGUUGUGAUUACCCCGACAACCCCUUUGCUGAAGGUGAGGUUUUGACCCCCGGUGACCAGCCUGACCUCGUCAUACCCGAGGUGUCGCCAUCCGACCGGCCUCGGUCAGAUGGUUCGCUCUUCGGGCUGGCGAUGGGUGAGAGUGCAGCACUCUGCCCCUCGCUUUACAACGGGGCUUGUGAGCUCAGCUCACUGUUUCCGGAGUUGUGCGGGUUAGGUGAGCCCAGCUCGCAUCGUGAGGUCUUCCUGCCUCAGCCUUCCUUGGCUCCGUCCGAGGGAGGUCAGAAGCGUCGGAAAUCUUCGAUGGGGGAGGCGGAUGAUGCUGCCUCAGAGCCGAGUAAGUGUCUUCGGACGACUACUCCUGGCUUCACCGAGGCGGCCUUGCCGUAUGGACCUGGGUCUGGACCUGUUGCCAGAUACGGAGCUGGAGCUGGAGCUGGCUACGACCUGGUCUUUGGAGCUGGAGCUCGUUUCGACCUCCUCUCUGGAGCUGGACCGGACGACGACGCCGACGACAAUCAGAUCGUCCCCGCGCCCGUCAUCACCGCGCCCGCCGUGGUUGGUAAGCGGCGAAGGGGACGGCCUGCUGGAUCUCCCAACAAGCCCAAGGACCCCAACGCUCUGCCCAGGGAGCCGCAGAAGCGUGGGCGGAAGGCGGGGUCCCCUAACAAGCCUAAGGAUCCCAACGUCCCGCCGAAGGCCCGGAAGGAGUAUACUUACAAGGACGGGACCACGGCCAAGUCGAGGGCGGAGGCUAAGGCCAACGCCAAGCUGGGUACGACGCCCGCAGUAGCAGGACCUUCUUCGACUGGGACGCUGCUGCCGGCUCUCGGAUCUGGAUCUGGAUCUGGAGCUGGUGUCGGAGCUGGAGCUGGUGUUGAAGAGAUGGGUGGUGAGGAGGAUGCUGCGGGAGAGUAUGAGGAUGAGGAGGAUGCUGAUGAGAAGAAUGAUGGUGGGGAUGACAAUGAUGCUGAGUUUGAUGAUUUGCUGGAGGCUGGGUGGCAGGCGGCGUUCAACGGGGAGGAGGAGGGGCAGGAGGAAGAAAUGGAGCAGCCGGUGGACGCGGAGGGGUGGCCUAUUUACGAUUUUGAUCUUUAG